AAUAUUUUUUUUUGUUUUUUAUUUUUUUGUUUUAUUGUUUGUGUUCAUUUAUUUUAUUCAUGACAUAAAUAUAAUCUAAUAGUUUAGCAAUUAAAUACAGUUUACAUUUUACUUUGGGUUAAAUAAAUUGCCCAUAACCCUAUUUUCUAAAAAAAAUCGUGAAAUUAUCGAAAACUUUUAUUAAAAUUAAUAUUUAAAUAAAGUAAUCCUUGGUAGAGUCUGUUCUAAUACAACCGGAAUAUAUACAGCCUUACAAAUAAACGCGGUAUAAAGUUAAACUUAGGAAUAAACUGAGUAUAAGCAAAUAUUAAUACAAAUUUUGCUUAUAUUCAGUUUAUUCCUGCGUUUAACUUUAUACCCCGUUUAUUUGUCAGGAUGAUAGAGUAUUAUAAUAUUUCAUAGCUAAUGGAUCUUUAUAAUGGAUAAGGAUUUAAGUAUAAACCCAUUAAUCCUUGCUUCGAGUUGUACUAAUAUCGCGUAGAGGUUAUUAAAGAUAUGCUUAGUGGAGAUUCUCUUGCUAAAUCUAUAAGGAACUUCCUUAGUGACUUUAUUAUCUCUGAGUGUGACCUUUAGAAACUUUGUCACUAUUUCGAUUUUCCUUUGUUAAUAUGAUUUUUUUAUGUUUUUUUCUCUAAUGUAACAUGGUUGGGGUUAGAGUUUGGAGAGAUGUUUUUUUUAAUAAAUUUAUGUAAAUCAAUUUUAACAUUACCAAGCCAUAAAAUGGCAAGUUAACAUCGACUCGCCUGGAGACUUAACGUUGACGGGUGGAUUUUUUUUUAACUCAAUAAAGUUGUAAGCCACGUCUUAUUUUGUUGUCGAGAUAUAUUUUUGCUAUUUCUAUUAUCAAAUUUUUCUCAUAUAGUACAAUUAUAUUAGAUUUAUUUACCCGUGGCCUAAAUUGUACAAAAAAAAAUAUUUUUUUGCUCUUAUUAUGUACUUAUGGAUCAUUAGGAUGGUUAAAAUUUCAUUUAACUAUAAAAAAAACUUAAAUUAUCGUGUAGACUUGCGACAUAGUACGUUAGAUAGUACGAAGCACUUCUAGCUAAACUGUAUGUCUAUUAACAACUAUAUUAAAUUAUUGAUGUUAAUGUAAGCUGUAAUUUAAUCAAUGAAUAAAAUGCAAAAAAAAACUGCUGCGGGUUUCAUUUUUAUUGUCAUCAUAAAAUGUCUCCUACCUAAAACAAAUUCCGCUGAAAGACUCAAAGACAAGUCUAAUUUUAAUGAAAUUAAAUAGUACGUCUCUGGGUAAGUCCAACUUCAUGUUUACAAGUUCUGAAAUUAUCUUCCAUGCUCCACUUUCAGAUCGUCAAACAAAUCCUGCAUUAAUACUUUAAUGCUAUUGUUUACUAUUACUUCCAACAAAAGCAAGUCUUAUCAAAUUGUAGGAUGGUGUAAUUAAAGUCAUAACGUUACUUUGCUUUCCACUGCACAGUGGAUAAUAAAUGUCGAAUAAUUAACGUCAAAUCAUCAAAGCCAUUUCGAAAACGAACUAAAUGUAAACAAGGGCUUAUUACAUAUAAAUGAUAAGUGCAAAUAGUUUGUUGAUAAUUCAAGGGAAAUAUGCACUUUAGCACAUUGUUCCUAGGUCCUAGUUUUUUGUAGUAUUUGCAUAAAAUAUUACAAACUCAACACCAGCCAGAAGUCCCUCACAUUCAUAGAAGGAAACAAUGUAACUAGUGGCAUACAGAAAUCGACGAUACAAAUUAGCAGCGAAUUAUAUCGAAUCGUUGGUACUGCGUCUUUGUAAAGGUCAAGCCGGCGCAGUUCAUUUACAAACAAUGCACCAGACUCGAUGGUGAUGCGGUAUCGGUCGAAUCGGGACCCGCGGCCGGAGCGAUGCGCGCGCCCUCUAUUUAUAUCGACGACUCCGCCCCCGCGAUUCGCGCACGCGCUAUGCAAUCGCACCGACGAAAGUGAAAAUUGCACAUCACGGUGUCGCCGGGCGCCGGACGGGACGUCAACGCUACUAAGGAGCUAAUCAGCACCGGCGCGGCGUACUCAGACCGGACACGGCGGCAAACACGCCGCGAGGAUGGGCGACGGCACCGCGGCGGCCGGACACGUUGCGACACCACUGCGUCACACGCCGGUCGGUUGGGCACCAGCACAGCGCUCGUGACGCUCCUCCGGCACCGCGCGGAGUGCACUACUAACAUGGCAUCCACAAUGCAGCUCGAGUUCACGCAGGCGAUGACCGAUUUCAAGACCAUGUUUCCGGACAUGGACGACGACGUGAUAGAAGCGGUGCUGCGAUCCAACCAGGGCGCCGUGGAUGCCACCAUCGACCAACUGCUGGCUAUGAGCACCGACAACCAGAACGAGCGGUUGCGGCUCGAGAUGGAGCGCGUCGAAGGCGGUUCCCCGCGCCGCAAAACUCUCCUCACGCCCGCAGCCAAGGGAAACGUCCUUGUGAAUGGAUGCAACAGCAAUCAUGCAACUUCUAUAGACGAGAAUGAUGAGAGUAUACCACUGGCAAUACGGAGACAAUGGGUGCCGAAAUUAAUUGGUGCACUACCGCCAUCGUUCCUUAGAAUUCCUCAAGUAAAAGAUGCUAGAGUGGACUUAAGUUUGGAUAUGGAUGACGAUAAAAUUGCAGCAUUCCUACAGAAUGAAGAAUUCAUGGCUGAACUGCGGUGGAAUCAGGAGUUUAUAGCGGCAUUGGACAGCGAACAAGGACAUAAAACCAAAUGCCACGACGACGACGCAGCGUUCAAGGAGAGACUAAAAACUAUGGGGAAAUUAUCUCGCAAGAAAUUCGCCCAGCUGUCAAGAAUGUUCACACGGGGUGGUCCACGACGAAGCGGCAGUUCCCGCACCGUACCGCGCGGCCCUCCAGACUCCUUACUCCUAGAAGAAGAACACAGCGAUGAAGAUGAACGUCCCACAAACAAUAUUUAAUCUACAAUUAGACUGAUUAGGUGUGAAAAAAAGCGAAGUUUGAUAGUUAAUUUACAACUCCAGAAUUACGUUGUCUUAUUUAGGUUAAAGAAAGUGCUUCGUGCUAAUUUCGCGCCAUAGAAAAUAUAGAUCAAAUAAAUGAUGGAACGCAACGUAACAGUGAAAUGCUAAGAGGAACCUCUUGAACAGUUCUUACUGUCAACUUUCUUGUACAAUUUAAUGAAUAGGUUUAUCGAUUUAUUAUAACUUUGUAUGUAACUAGAGAUGGGAAACAUUUUUAUGUAAUUCUAUUGUAAGUACUAUUGUUACAUAAAGGUCACGCUUUGCUAAGAAACGCGUUAAGGUUGCCGAUAUAGAUUUCAUCAUAUGAUAGACUUUAGAACAAUUGGCCUUUUAGGAAAGUUCACAAGGUAUAAGACUGGGAUUGUUAGGACGUGUCAUUGUUUGUGAUUGUGGGAUCGUUUUGUAUGUCAGGCCAUACAUUUGCCAUUAUCUUAUGCAAUAGUUUAAUAUGAUGUAAAUAGAAUUACUGUAAAUUAGAUCAUAAACUUUAGUUUUUUAUAUGAUAAUUGAAAAACGCUUUUGUAAGUAAUUUUUAGUAACGUUAUUAAAAAUGGAAUAGAGUCAUUAAAGAAAACGAAUGGAAAUGAUUUUUUGCUGUCGUUUAUUUAUAAUAUGUAUUAUGGUUUUUCAAUAGCAGACCAAAAUGUGAUUGUAACGUUGCUACGCUAUUGCUAUAGCGUUCAUAGUUUAGUCAAUUUAAUUUACAUUUAGGUUUAUAUCAUUUUCUUUUUCAUUUUAAAUAAAAAUAUCGCUAUCUGCGUGGCGCUUUUUAAGUUUUUAAACUGUUUCCCCAAUACCCAUAAUAUUGUUCACAUCUUCGUUAAAAUCCCUGUAAAGAUGUUUUGCGUACACCCAUUAUUCAUUUGUUAUUUAAUUAAUAAAAGAAUGUUCUACUGCACGUAUCAAAAAUACUGAAUUCGAAGUAUUGUCAUACAAACUUCAAUGAAAUGUUACAAUCUACAAACAUAUCCUUUAACAUAGUUUUCAUUGCGUAAAACAUUUUAUAAUAAAAAAAAUAAUUAAAGAAACAAAUUAAAAUUA